AUAUAGAGAGAGAGAGAAUAUUUUCGCAUGCAUAUAUAUAUACAUUUCAAUCUCACAUCCUCAUGAUUUUAUCCACUUCCCCUCGUUUUUCUUGUUCCUCUUCUCCAAAGCCCCAAUUCAAACGUAUAGAGAGAGAGAGAGAGAGAGAGAGAUGGGGAGAGAAGAGAAGGGGGAGAGGGGAAUGAUGAUGAAGAAACGCAUAAACGAGGCGGUGGGGAAGAGCGCGGUGGGCAGAUUCUUCAAGCUGGAAGAGAGAAAGGCGACUUUCACCGGAGAAAUGAGAGCAGCCGCCGCCACUUUCCUGACAAUGGCUUACAUCAUCUCCGUCAACUCCACCAUCCUCUCCGACUCCGGCGGCAACUGCUCCUUCCACCACUGCUCCACCUCCUCCCGGGCCCCACCUCUUCCGCACUGCGUCUUCGGCUCCAAUCCAGGUUACGAAAAAUGCCUCGCAAGCCUGAAAAAGGACCUCGUCGUGGCCACGGCCUUAUCGGCAAUGGUGGGUUCGUUCGCGAUGGGACUCUUCGCGAAUCUUCCUUUCGGUCUGGCUCCUGCCAUGGGUCCUAACGCUUACCUCGCUUACAACGUUAUCGGCUUUCGCGGCUCUGGUAACGUUUCAUACCGCACCGCCAUGGCCAUCGUCCUGCUCGAGGGCUGCCUCUUCUUAGCAGUAUCGGCCUUGGGGCUCCGGUCCAAGCUCGCCCGCCUUAUCCCUCAGUCCGUUAGGCUUGCUUCCGCCGCAGGUAUCGGCAUGUUCAUUGCCUUUGUCGGGUUACAGAUCCAUCAGGGCGUGGGACUAGUCGGUCCGGAUAAGUCAACGCUCGUGUCGUUGACCGCUUGUUCCGACACCGACCCGAUCACCGGAGCUUGUAUUAACGGCAAGAUGGGUAGUCCCACCUUCUGGCUAGGGUUUGUCGGAUUCCUUGUCACGAGCUACGGGCUGAUGAAAAACGUAAAAGGGAGCAUGAUCUACGGUAUCUUGUUCAUCACGGCGGUUUCGUGGUUUCGCGAUACUAAAGUCACGAUCUUUCCCCGCAAUCCACUCGGAGAUUCGAAUUUCGAGUAUUUCAAGAACAUCGUCGACUUCCCCAAGAUCGAAUCCACGUUAGGAUCGAUAAGUUUCUCCGAAUUCAAUGGAACCGAGGUCUGGAUCGCGUUCGCCACGCUGUUCUACGUAGACCUCCUAGCCACGACCGGCGUGCUCUACACGAUGGCCGAGCUCGGCGGGUUCGUGAACGAGAAGGGCAAGUUCGAGGGUGAAUACUCGGCCUUCGUCGUGGACGCGACCUCCUCGAUCGUGGGUUCGGCCUUAGGAGUGACGACGACGGCUACCUACGUUGAAUCCUCGGCAGGGAUGAGAGAAGGUGGACGGACGGGGCUAACGGCCGUUACAGUGGGCGUGUGUUUCGGGGCGUCGGUCUUUCUAACGCCGUUAGUGAGUAACGUUCCUCGCUGGGCGGUGGGGCCCUCGCUGGUGAUGGUGGGAGUGAUGAUGAUGGGAGUGGUGAAGGAUAUAAAAUGGGGAGACAUCAAAGAGGCGGUUCCGGCUUUUGUCACGAUCUUGAUCAUGCCUUUGACGUAUUCCAUCGCCAACGGGAUUAUCGCCGGCGUGGGUCUGUACUUGGCUCUUAGCUUGUACGACGCCGUUCUAGUCUUUGCCACGUGGCUUAACAGGGUGGGGACACGUGUUGUCGGAGAGCAGAACCAGGUCUCGUCCGCCGCUUCAAUUGCCGGCGGGGAGGUUCACGUCGAGAUCAUAUGAGCGGCCGUGUGAAAGUCCGAGUUAGGUUUUGUCGUUUUUAGCGUUGAUGUUAUAUUAUGAUGUGGUCAAGUUUUUUUUUUUUUUUAGGGUUUAGGGUUUGAAGAGGGGGAUGGUGAAGCACCGAUAUGGAUGCAUUAGCUGCCAUGAAAGUUGCAGCAAGUUUGAUAUUUCAUGGCCGCUUUUGCAUGCAUUGUUCUAUCUACAAUCUAGGGUUUUAUAUAUGUUCCAACGGUACCUUUUUUUUUCUAUGAAGCUGGUUGAAGUGUUGAACCAAGAUGUUGGAAUAUAAAAUGU